AUGCACCCUCUAAAUCCCUUUCUCCGUGCCUUCUUCCGGAGCACUGUCCCGGGCCAGUGUGUACCGGUAGAGAACCAUGUCUUGCUAGUCCCCACGACCGAUUCUCUCAUCAGCUCGCGCGAACGGGAGUCCAAUCUGCUAUAUUCAGAUCUGGUCGCAUCGGAAGAGUUCCUCGGUAGCCAUGUGCUGCGCGUCCCGGUCCAUACCGGCUCCUCGAAUUCUAAGGAGGAGACCAACGUCCGAGACAACCGAGGGAAGGCGAAGCAAGUGACUACCUUCAACGGGAGAACCGUGAUUAUCAAGGAAAACUCAGUGUACAGCAACAAAGGAUUCAAGUCCCUCACGCAAGCUCAAUUAUUAUCGGACGCGCUCUACUACCCCUCCGCCAACGAGUCGCGGCCAUGGCUCGUAUACUACAUUUCGCGCCCGCUGAUAGGCACGUUCGAUCCCGCGAGGGUCAUCCCCGCUGUGGUCCCCGGAGUCGAAUUCAGCGCACCGAAGCCGACGAACAUCGAUAAGGGUUAUGGCAGUGGAACUUCAAUCGGUACCCCGCCGAAGCAAGAAAUCAAGACAUUUGGAGAAUUGCUUGCCAAUUUCCCCAUGAUCGCUAGGCAGAUGCAACCGGGGUUAGAAAGGCUGUUCCGUGAAUUCGGAAAGGAGCUGGGGAAGCCGUUGCCCCCGCCCCCUUCACGAUCGCCAUCUGCAUCUGGCAGUGAUCGAGUCCGCCAGGUGUCCCGAGCGGAAUCCUUGGCAGACGACACCUCUUCCAUCCGCAGCUGGUCGUCGCGAAAUAGAGGACGCUUGCCUUUCAACUCAGAGGAAUACUUUGAGGAUGACGAGGAUCUAAUGCGCCGGAGCCUGGAGACUGCCGUGACUGCCGCGAUUGAUCUGUUCCGUCUGGUAGACAAGCAGCAACUGUCGUUGCUCGGUGCCACCACAGAUUUGACAGGCCCCUUGGUGGAGCGCUUGAUAGAACGCUAUGUCGCCGAGCAAGUCCACGAGCCACUACUGUUCCCGCGCCUCUGUUCUUUCCGCCAACCCGAGGAUACCGAGCUGGAUUCCCGUAUCCGUCAGAUGGAAAGUAUUGAUGUCUCUCAAGUCGGGAUUUCGGUCGAGGGGGGACGUGAAGGGAAACGAGAAUUGAUUCGUCGGCUCGGUCGGGGUGUGGAGGAGUUCAGAAAGAUUAAUGAUGCUCGAUGCCCCCAUGAUAUGCUCAACACUCUUCUCAGCACGGUCAAGGUCGUGUCAUACCCUGGCAGUUAUGACCAGGUGGAUGGCCCAGCCUCCGAGAAGGGUACUUCAUCCGUCACGAUCAACGCAGAUGUUUUGGUGUCCUUGCUGCUAGUCGUUGUGAUCCGGUCUCAGAUCCGUCACCUCCAAGCCCGACUAUUAUACAUGCAGCACUUCAUUUACAUCGAUGACGUGGACAGCGGCGAGAUGGGCUAUGCACUAAGUACCUUCGAAGCUGUUUUGAUGUACCUUGUCACGGAUUCCGCUGGUCUUCGACGUGCAAGUGUUCGAAACAGACGCCUGUGGCAAGCCACCAAAGCAGGCAAGAUAUCGGACAUGAAGUCGAUAUUGGAACCAAAUGGAGACCACGAAUCGAUAGACGACAUCACUCCACCAGAGCCAGAGCGAAAGUCUGUCUUUUUCCAAACGGACGAAGUCGAUGAAUCGGAUGACCUACCGUUCGAGAGUUCCUUCACCAGCAGUACCAAUGGCGAGCUAGAGUCAGAAGAAGCAGUUGUCGACGACACACCGCCGCUUUCGCACGUCUUCCCUUUCCAGAACUGGAAUGGGACUUUCCUUCCUGAGUCUCACCGUCCAGUCAAGAAAGUCUCGAUGGAUGUCCGGAGUUUGUCCGAGUCGUCGGCCAUAUCAUUCAUCUCCAGAACCACAACACUGAACUCCAUGGCCAGUGGAAUUGAAGGGGAUAGCUCAAUUGAGACCUUGACUAAGACUCAAGAUCCUGCAGGCCAUUCAAUACCGAUGAUGGCAGUCGAGGGCCGCCAGCCGGACGCUUUGAGGUAUCUGCUGACCCUCGAAGAGUAUUUCCCGCUGGAUGAGAUCUUGCAAGAUACCAAUGCUGAUGGGACGACUUUGCUGAACGCUGCUGUGCAGCUCGCAAACAAGGAGAUCGUUAAUAUCCUCCUGGACUUUUUGUUCGCAAAGACGGAUUCCAACGUCAUUGCCUUUUAUCUGACCAAGUCUGAUGUCCACGGCCGCACCGUUGCCCAUUAUAUCUUCAGCACGCCAUCUCUUCUCGUGAGGCUUGGAGAGUUCAUGCCAUGGAGACAACGAGACAAGCAUGGCCAGACGCCAUUGUUUGCGCUUUGUCGAUCAUAUGAUCACCCUGAAUACAAGCAGAUGGUACAAGCAGCCUUAACAGCAGCGCAGCGCGCGCAAGGCGACAACAAACCCCUCCAGCUUGAUGACCAUGUUGAUGCCAAGGGCAACACACUCCUGCACAUUGUAGGCGAUCCGGAAAUUACCCGACGAAUUCUCCAAGACAGUGAUUGUGACCCGAAUGCCACAAACGACAAGAGAUUCACUCCAUUGAUGAUGGCUAGCAAGUACGGGCGAGUCGACCAAGUUCGCAUUCUGUUUCUGGACCCACGAGUCGAUGUACACGUGAAAGAAGCCCGUGGAUUGACAGCCGUGGAGCUGGCCAAGGACGACGAGGUGCGAAACCGGAUCGACGAUUUGAUCUUGCUGUCUCACCCCCCUUCGGCCUGUGGUGAUCCAUCUGGUCGCGUCACAACAGUUGUGCGGUCAUUCUUCGUCGAGGAUGCAACGGUGCGAUUUAUUCUCAAAUCGGGCGCCCCCUAUCAUCCAUCAAAGUCCAUGGCAUCAUCGCGACCUGGAUCAACAACAUACACUGUCACAACCUGCCGGCGCAACUUCUCCGACUUCCAGCACUUGGCCAAGUGUCUUGCCGUGGAACAUCCUGCAUCGUACAUGCCGUCCUUGUUGGAUUUCCGCAACCCUUUCCAGAUCCACUCCAAACCCUCACGAUCUGUGCUCCACGAUCUUCAGGAGAGACUUGAUCGCUUCCUCAAGACGCUACUUACUCACCCCACUUUUGCAACCCACGAGAUGCUAUGGGAGUUCUUCCUUGUCCCUGAGCUGCAGCCAGAACUGAUGGCCGACCGAUCUAACCGCAAGGCUGCGGUUCUUUCAGAGACGAUAUCAGACGAAUAUGCGCCGGUCUCCAUUGAAGGAAUGCGCGACACAGAGCAAUUCGUCACUCACGCCCAGGAUAUGGUGCGUGGAGUGCACGUCAACACUCGCAGUCUCAUUCGCCGCGGACACGCGCUCCAAAAUGGAACAUCCGACCUCGCCGACGCGGUGAUGAUUUGCUCCUCUGUGCUAGCCACCCUCCGGAAACCAACCAAUGCACUCCCCACCUCCCACAUCGAGGCCUUUGCCCGCUACGCGACUUACCUUUCCACCUCUCGCUCCGACUCCUCUCCUCUCCUCCAAUACCUCGCUGCUCUGUCCUCCAUCGAUAGCACGACCGCCGCAGUCCUUGAAUCUCUCUCCCGCCCCCUUUCCAUCAUGUCCUCCCUUUCUUCCACCAACCGCCACAUCGCCCGCUCUCGCUCCUCGCUCCUCUCCGCCUCCCUCCCUCGCAAAUUCAACAUCAACCUCCCCGGCUUUGAAGAAUCCCGACAACGAUCCGUCCGCGAUCUUGAACAAAAGAUCCGCGACGGCGAAGCCGAAUCCUCCCGGCUGGCCAAAGAGGUCACCUGGAACAAGGACGUUGUCGUCAGCGAUCUUGCCGGCUGGACCUCCUGGCGGGAAAAGGUCGGCCGCGACGCCAUUCGCGCGUUCGUCAAGGAUACGUUGGUCCGAGAGAAGGAGCGUGGGAAGCGACUCGAGCGUUGUCUGCGUAGUGUCCGUGACAUAAAUUCAUGA